CGACAGUAGAAGAAGAUGCAGGUAUGAUGGCUCCUAGCAGCGCUGACGGUAUCGCUCCUUGUGCUUGUAAAGGCAUUCGGCGGUGUCUUCUCUGUGAAAAGUGGAAAGAAAUUAAACAUUUGGAAGCGAAUGUACCAAAGACUGUGCAUCAUUUUCUCUACAAUCCUGAGACGAAGCUUGCCAUUCGCAAAGACGCAGAGCCGGCAUCUUUCUCCUUUCCCGGUGUCUUCGUUUGGGAGAACUUCAUAUCAGAAGAGGAGGAGGAGGAGCUGAUAAGCACCAUGGACCAGGAUGUGUGGAAUCAAUCCCAGUCUGGUCGAAGGAAACAGGACUUUGGCCCAAAAGUGAACUUCAAGAAAAGGAAAGUGCGUGUUGGCAGCUUCAGCGGACUCCCUGCUUUGAGCCAUAAAGUAGUUCUCCGGAUGCAGCAAGAGCCAAGUCUAGCAGACUUCCAACCGGUGGAGCAAUGCAAUCUGGAUUACCAUCCUGAACGAGGCUCUGCCAUCGACCCUCACCUAGACGACUCCUGGCUGUGGGGGGAACGCCUGGUCACCGUCAACAUGUUAUCAGAUACUACACUCACUAUGUCCCUCGAAGAAGGCCUUCCAGAGGUCGGACUAGCGGAGGAAGUCCACGUAGCUGUGCAUCUUCCCCGCAGAUGUUUAGUAGUGUUAUAUGGCGAGGCGCGGCAUAGAUGGAAACACGGCAUUCAUAGGAUGGAUGUUCAUGAGCGUAGAGUUUGCAGCACCUACAGAGAGCUGUCUGCAGAGUUCCUACCUGGAGGGCAGCAGGCAGAGCUGGGAGCUCAGCUGUUGAACACCACUUUGAGCUUCCAAGGAGCUCCGAUAUAGCCUAAUCUUAAAGCUGUACCACCAGAGUCGAGACUACUUGGAUGUGUCUUGAGCUGUGUCUUAUUUCAGACCUCCUUAAAUGGAACAAAGAAGUUCCCGUCAGACGACUGAAGGCCAGGAGGCUAAACCUAUGCCUUCUCCCCACAUGAGACAGUCUCGGAGGACUCACAGCACUGUCAUCACCACUUCCUGCCCACUCCGAAAUUACAGUUGACCAGUGGACUUUGGGAUAUGGGAAACUGCAAAUUACCAGUAGAAGAAGAAAGAAGCCACACUUGUUGGCAGCAUAUGGAGUGGCCUUUUAAAAAGGGACAACCCUUGUGACUCAUUAUAUAUUCUGUCAUAAAUUGUGAACUUCAUAAGAUGUGGUUCCUGAAGUGGGUUUUGGUCCUGUGCCUGUGUGACGUUCUUGGUCUAAAGUCAACUAAUAUUGUAACUCUCAUUCUGUCUAAGGGAAUUCAAGGGACUAGUUUUUCCUGAGACUUGAAUGAACCGUUUUAGUAGUACUGAAGAGUACUGUGUGCGACCUGAAUAUGCAGUUGUCAUAUGAUUUAUUAUUGGUAAUAUAAAAAUAUAUGAAUUGACUUAAAAUAAAAACUCUCAAAGCCAUGAAUCAAAAGAAGUUCUGUCUCCCAAAACAAUCCUGUAUAGCAGGUUUAAUUGAUUUACUUAUGUAAAGCUAAACUAGUUUGGUUUAAAUAAACUUGUCUUUAAAUGUGA